AUGCCAGGUCAGUUUGCCGACAAGUAUCAAGAACUGGAACUCCUAGGUACAGGUAAUUUUGGAAGAGUAUAUAAAGUAGUAGAAAGGAAAGAGGGAAAGAAAUUUGCAUGUAAGGAGAUAUUCUUACCGAAGCUUCCAGAGGAUCUCGUGGAUGCCCAGAUGAGGGAAGUGGCGCUCCUGAAGACAAUUAAGCACCCCAACAUUGUGGAAGUUGUCGAUGCAUUUCACGAGGGAGACUAUUUGUAUAUACUAAUGCCUAUCUAUUCGCACGGCGACUUGGUAGCUUACCGCAAGAAGAAGACUCUUUCUGAAGCAGAUGUCCUUGUUAUUUUGAUCCAGGUGCUCCAGGCCCUUGCAUUUCUCCAUGGAGUUCGGGAAGCUACAAGCGGUAUCCCGUCGAAGAUUGUGCACCGUGACAUAAAGCCUGCAAACAUCCUUAUGGGAGAGGACGACGUGGUAGUGCUUACUGACUUUGGACUGAGUAAGAUCAUUGAUAACAUGACUGAUAUGCAGACAGUGGCAGGGUCUGUCGCAUAUAUCGCACCAGAGAUGCAUGCCAGGUCAGCAUACACGGAGGCAGUAGAUAUCUGGAGCCUCGGUGUCACCAUCUACGAACUUAUAGCCAAUGGCAAGCCUCUAAUCAAUUCAUUUUUCGGGUCACAUAUAUUGCAGGAGAUACAACAAUGGAAGAGGCCACUUGUUAUCCCUAAUGCAUCACAAGACCUUGCUAAAAUACUAAAUCUAAUGCUUACCUUCAGCCCUGAAAACAGGCCAACGGCCCUUGAGCUCCUUACAAUGCCUGCGCUUCAGCGUGUCCGUAGAUCCCUACUUGAGAAGGGCCCCAUUACCAAGACUCAUACAAAGUUACUUACAUCUUAUCUAAAGACAACCCCAGCAACGUACCUGACAGACGUAGAUGAAGAUGGCAACAACAUUGUUAUGAGGUGCAUUCUACACGGAGCAUUCCAUUUGGUUAGUGAUAUACUGAAGUGCUUUCGUGGAGAAGUAAACGCUGCAGGAAAGACAGCCCUCAUGAUUGCAGCUGAGCUUAAUGCUACAGACGUUAUAGCCCAACUGAUAAGGCCGCAGAAGGGGCAUAUUGAUGAGCGGCGUAUGAGGGAUGCACGAGGAAAAACAGCCCUUAUGCAUGCAGCAGAGAAGGGUGACGUGUGUGAAGCUUCUGUUAAGCUAUUGAAAGAUGCCGAAGCCAGGCUUACAACUCCCGAGCAAUGGACAGCUUUGAUGAUGGCAGCAGCCAACGGCUCUAUGCUAAUUGUACGUCAGCUUCAAGGUCUAGAGGCAGGCAUGACCAAUAACACUGGGCAAACCGCCUUGAUGAUUGCUGCUGCUGCGAACAGAGUAGAGGUGGUGCGCCAGCUUUUAAGAUUCGAGGUCCGUAAAAGGGACUCUGCAAGAAGAACUGCACUGAUGUAUGCUGCUAUGAAUGGACAUGAGGAAUGCGUAGGUAUACUCAGACGGUACGAAGCAAAAAUGCGGGACAAGGAGAAACUAACGGCACUAGCCCAUGCUAUUACGCGACGACACGCAGGGGCUGCUUGCCUCCUCAUUGCAGCAGAGGAAGGAAUUUUGAUCAAGAAGCGGUCUUGCUAUAGACUCGCCAUAGAGUCCAACAUGAGGGAUAUAAUAGGAUACUUCAGUAAGAGCAUGACAAACAGCAACGUUUCCGCCCAUGUUGAUCUUGAGACGAGCAGCCUGUCCAUGUCGAGUGCGUUAUCAGUUGCUAUUUCAGGUUGCGAUAUGUCGUGCUCCACUUUUGACUCUUGUAUUCCUUAG